CUACUACCUCUUCGAUAAUCGACCAAGGCUCAGGCUGCACCUUUGGUUUUCUAUUCAUUCCCACCAUGGAGGGCAUUCUCGACUUCGAUAAAGAGUUCGAUGUAGCCCUAAUGGACCAGGUCGUGAUGGCCUUCUACACUGGCUCCGGGGCAGAGCAACAAAUGGCUCAACAAAUCUUAACUCGGUUCCAAGAACAUCCAGACGCUUGGGUGCGAGUUCCGAGCAUACUAGAGUCAUCAUCGCAUCCUCAAACGAAAUAUAUCGGUCUUCAAAUCCUUGAGAAACUGAUCACUACGAGGUGGAAGACAUUGCCCGAGGAGCAACGACAAGGCAUCAGGAACUUCAUCGUUCAAGUCAACGUUGGCGUGGCGUCUGAUGAAACGCUGUCUAGGAAAGAGAAGACGUAUGUCAAUAAGCUCAACCUUGCGUUGGUCCAGAUUCUCAAACAAGAAUGGCCGCAUAACUGGCCAACGUUCAUUUCAGAACUCGUGGAAUCAUCAAAGACGAGCCUUUCGCUUUGUGAAAACAAUAUGGUCAUCCUGAAGCUACUGUCAGAGGAGAUCUUCGACUUUUCAGCGGAGCAGAUGACGCAGACGAAGAUAAAGAAUCUGAAGAACCAGAUGUGUGGCGAAUUCUCUGAGAUCUUCAAGCUUUGCUCCGAAGUAUUGGAGGAAGCCAACAAGACUUCCCUCGUAAAAGCAACUCUGGAAACCCUGCUCAGAUUCCUCAAUUGGAUACCACUCGGAUAUAUCUUCGAGACAAAAGUCAUUGAUCUCCUUUUGACCCGCUUUUUGGAGACGCCGGAGUUUCGUAAUAUCACCCUCAAAUGUCUAGCGGAAAUAGCUGCGCUUAACGUCGGACCGGAAUAUGACCCUAAAUUUGUCAUUCUCUUUGCUAUGGUCAUGACGUCCGUGAAUCGGAUGAUACCCCCAAGCACAAACAUCGCCCAAGCAUACGCUAACUCCGGAGAUUCAAGUCAGGAACUCGUCUUAAAUCUUUCCCUUUUUCUCGCCAACUUCCUUUCUAAUCACGUACGCGCCAUCGAAGGAGAGCAGAAUCGUGACGUUCUUCUUAAUGCCCAUCUGUACAUGGUCAAGGUUUCUCAAGUCGAUGAGCGAGAGAUAUUCAAAAUCUGUCUCGAGUACUGGCUGAAGCUCGUCGCAGAGCUUUAUGACGAGCUGCAAAAUCUUCCUAUCGGGGACUCUGGGUUGUUAAUGGGGUUAAAUCUAGGUGGGACGAAUGGUCAGGGCAUGCUGGGAGGAAUGCCUAUGAGAAAGAACAUAUACAGUGAUGUUCUUUCCAAUCUACGGCUAGUGGUCAUUGAACGCAUGGUCAAGCCCGAAGAAGUUCUCAUCGUCGAAAACGAAGAGGGUGAAAUCGUCCGCGAAUUCAUGAAAGAGAGUGACACCAUCGUCUUGUACAAAUCUAUGCGGGAACUCCUUGUUUACCUUACACAUCUCGAUGUGUUGGACACGGAGACCAUUUUGACGGAAAAGCUUGCAAAACAAGUAGAUGGCUCCGAAUGGUCUUGGCAAAAUCUCAAUACGCUAUGUUGGGCUAUUGGCUCUAUCUCUGGAGCGAUGAACGAGGAAACGGAGAAGCGCUUUUUGGUCACCGUUAUCAAGGACCUUCUUGGCCUCUGUGAAAUCAAGCGAGGGAAGGACAACAAGGCGGUUGUCGCGUCUGACAUUAUGUACAUUGUCGGACAGUAUCCUAGAUUUUUGAAGGCACAUUGGAAGUUCUUGAAGACCGUAGUCAACAAGCUUUUCGAGUUCAUGCAUGAAAGUCACGAAGGUGUCCAAGACAUGGCUUGUGAUACUUUCAUAAAAAUUGCACAGAAAUGUCGACGCCAUUUCGUCAUGCAACAGUCUGGAGAGUCGGAACCUUUCGUGGACGAGAUUUUACGCCUUUUGCAUCGGAAUACAGUUGAUCUUUCGCCUCAGCAAGUUCACACAUUCUACGAGGCUGUUGGAUACAUGAUUUCUGCUCAGCCUAACAAGCCACAGCAAGAGAAAUUGAUCGCGAAACUCAUGGAGCUCCCUAACAAUGCUUGGGAUUCACUUAUGGCUCAAGCAUCGCAAAGCAUGGAUGUACUGGCGAGCACCGACAACAUCAAAAUUCUGGCCAACGUUUUGAAAACGAACGUUUCGGCGUGUACGUCUAUUGGGAGCUUUUACCUGCCCCAAGUUGGCCGUAUUUUCCUCGAUAUGCUUGGCCUGUAUAAAGCUGUGAGCGGUAUCAUCAGCGAAACCAUUGCGAAAGAAGGGUCCCUUGCCACCAAAACACCCAAAAUACGGCAACUGAGAACCGUGAAGAAGGAAAUUUUGAAGCUUAUGGAGACGUACAUCAGGAAGGCGGAAGAUCUUGAGUCCGUUAACAGCAGCUUCAUUCCUCCUCUAUUGGAUGCCAUUCUUGGUGACUACAAUCGCAAUGUUCCUGCAGCACGAGAUGCUGAAGUCUUGAAUGUCAUGAACACGAUCACUGCUCGUCUCGGGCCAUUGUUAACACCCCAAGUACCUGCCAUAUUGGACGCGGUGUUUGAACCAACUUUGAAUAUGAUCAAUCAAGACUUUUCAGAAUAUCCAGAACAUCGCUCGGGCUUCUUUAAAGUUUUGCGGACGAUUAAUCUGAACUGUUUCCCUGCACUUCUGAGUAUACCACCGCCUCAGUUUAAAUUAUUCAUCGAUAGCAUUAACUGGGCUAUCAAGCACACUAUGCGUGACAUAUCCGAUCUUGGUUUAAAUCUCUGCCUUGAAGUCGUAAAUAACUUUGCGAGUGCCGCAGAUCCUGCGGUCAGCCAAGCCUUCUUCCAGCAAUACUUCCUGAGCAUCGUCCAAGACAUCUUGUUUGUCUUGACGGACACUGAUCAUAAAAGUGGAUUCAAGCUCCAGACUGUCCUACUUGCACGACUGUUCCAGCUCGUGGAGCUCAACAUCAUCCAAGCACCGCUGUUUGAUCCGUCGCAGUUGACUAAUCCGAAUGCGACAAAUGCAUUGGGUCUUCGCGAGUAUUGUAUUAAUUUGCUGCGGUCAGCUUUCCCUCAUGUUCCACAAAUCCAAGUGCAGACUUUCGUGGCGAACCUCAGCGAAUAUCACAGUGAUAUCAACCGGUUCAAGGGAGCGCUACGAGACUUCCUCAUACAGCUGAAGGAGUUCUCCAACAGCGACAAUGCGGAGCUCUUCCUCGAAGAGCGGGAGGCAGAGACGCAGAGGAGAGCUGAAGAAGAACGACAAAUGCACAUGCGUAUUCCUGGAAUGAUUAAACCUUCACAACUAGAGGAUAAAGAUGAAGAUAUUUAACCAUGGGCAGUACUAGUACUGGAUUCACGUCUACUCAACUACUUACUUUACUCCGUUUUCAUAAAUUCGUUUUUAUAAUUCUCUUGUCUACUGUGCCUGCUGGCUCUGGUUGCUUUCGAUUGUAACGCAUGUAACACUAGCUUAGUUGUAGAAUGAUACUCAAUUAUCUGUACACUACGAUUUGGAU